UCCCUUGGUCAGCAUGGAUACAUUUUUCCGACGUCAUUUUAGGAGAAAGGAUGCAGGUCUUGCUAGGCCAAGCGAUGAGGGAUCCGAGCACUGUCGAACCAGGAGGCCCAGCAUUGCUGUACCAGCGAGCCGUGCACGCAGGCGGUCAAGUGCAGGAUUUGCCUCAGCUUCGCUGGCCCAGCGCAGAAGAUCCAGCGUUCUUCAGCCAUUGCCAACCUGGCAUCUUGCAGCUAGUGGCCGAUCAGCCAAAAGCAGUAAUGCAAGGCGGCGCUCCAGCACCACCACACUGGGUGCAAAUCCACGUUUUGCUGUGCGACGCAAAAGAGCAAGCAGGUUGCGUAACAUUGACACACACCUUCUAGGCCCUUCCAUGCUGCUGGCUAGUGUUAUCCAGAUGACAGAAGAGGAUGAAGAUGUCCAGGACCCUGUUGUUGAACAGGUGGAGUGUAAGGGAAGCAUGUCCCACAUCUGCUCAGACCCGCUGUUCUCAGAAGGGGACAGCGACAGUAAUAGCCAAAGCUCUACCGCUGACUCAGACAAUGACCAGUCCUCAGAGCCUUGUGAAGAGGAUCUUACGGAAGCAGAACAGGAGUUUAGAAACUCAUCGGUUUUGUGCAAACAGAACUGCCUGCCUCUCAGUGUGGUUGUCGAGCGAGUACAGGCUCAUACGCUUAUCCGUGUUCCUCGUUGUCUCAGAAGAAACUCUUCAUACCUAGGACAUGCCGAAAGCGGCUCACACUGUCGCUUUGGGCGCAGUGGCCAGAGGAGGCGCUGCAGACGUGUUUCGACCAUCUCCAAGGCUGGCAGCCCUUGGCCAGGGAGAGGUCAACCGCUACCCAGUCGCAGAAACUCUACCUGCUGGAAGGCACACUCUUCCUUUAGCCCACUAACAGGGGCUCAUUAUGACCCCACACUGGAGUCAUGGAAUGGCUUCCUCUCGAAAACUAUUGCCAAGUCAGGUGUUCAGCAACUGGGAACUCAGUCCAGUACUUUGGCAUCAGCUAAAUCAGAAGCUAACCAGGAGAUCUCCCAAACUGUCGACUGGACUGAGAGUGCUCAUUGUGGACAACAUGUCUGGUUUGAGACCAGCCUUUCAGGAGAUUUCUGCUAUGUUGGAGAAAUGCAUUGCUAUGCCAAAUCACUGCAAAAGUCACUGCCCCGCUAUAAAUGUGCGGCCUGCAAAAUAGCUGUCCACACAACAUGCAUGGAGCAGCUAGAAAAGAUUAAUUUCAGGUGUAAGCCAUCAUUUAGAGAUCCAGGGAUGAAAAAUGUGCGAGAUCCUUAUACUGUAAGGCAUCACUGGGUCCACAGGAGACGUCAGGAUGGGAAGUGCAAGCAAUGUGGAAAGGGUUUCCAGCAGAAGUUUUUCCACAGUAAAGAUAUAGUGGCUAUCAGUUGCUCAUGGUGCAAACUGGCGUAUCACAAUAAGGUGACGUGCUUCAUGCUACUGCAAAUAGAAGAGACCUGCAGUCUAGGGGCUCAUGCUGCUGUCAUAGUUCCUCCAACCUGGAUCAUCAGAAUGCGCAGACCACAGGCAUCCCUGAGGUCAAGUAAAAGAAGGAAAAAGACAUCUCUGAAGGGCAGGGGCAGCAAGAAAGGGGCAGAGGAUGGCAAAUGGAAACACUUUAUAGUGAAGCCAAUUCCCUCCCAGCUCAUGAAGCCAUUGCUUGUGUUCGUGAAUCCAAAAAGUGGUGGAAAUCAGGGUGCAAAGAUCAUUCGAUCUUUCAUGUGGUAUCUAAAUCCACGACAAGUCUUUGAUCUUUCUCAGGGAGGGCCUAAAGAGGGGUUAGAAUUGUACCGUAAAGUACCAAACUUGCGUAUCCUUGUAUGUGGAGGAGAUGGAACGGUUGGCUGGAUCCUGUCUGUGCUGGAUGACUUGCAGAUAAUUCCUCAGCCGGCUGUUGCUGUCCUCCCUCUUGGCACGGGGAAUGACCUGGCCAGAACACUAAACUGGGGAGGGGGCUACACAGAUGAGCCGGUGUCUAAAAUUUUGUCACAUGUGGAGGAUGGGAACAUUGUGCAGUUGGACCGCUGGAAUCUGAGUGUGGAGCCAAACCUAGAGGCCAGCGAGGAGGAGAAGGAUGAACAACAGACAGACAAGCUUCCUAUUGAUGUAUUCAACAACUACUUUAGCUUGGGUUUUGAUGCGCAUGUGACCUUAGAGUUCCAUGAAUCUAGAGAGGCCAAACCUGAAAAAUUCAAUAGCCGUCUUCGGAACAAGAUUUUCUAUGCCGGGACGGCUUUCUCUGACUUCCUAAGUGGCAGUGGCAAAGACCUGUCCAAACACAUCAGAUUGGUGUGUGAUGACACUGACCUCACUAGUAAAGUUCAGGAGCUAAAGCUGCAGUGUCUGCUCUUCCUCAACAUUCCUAGGUAUUGUGCUGGUACAACACCAUGGGGAAACCCUAGUGAACACCAUGAAUUUGAUCCUCAGAGGCAUGAUGAUGGCUGCAUAGAAGUAAUCGGAUUCACCAUGACAUCUUUGGCCACACUGCAGGUCGGCGGCCAUGGUGAGAGGCUGCAUCAAUGCCGCGAGGCGACCCUCACCACCUUUAAGUCCAUUCCUAUGCAGGUGGAUGGGGAACCGUGUAGACUGGCCCCAUCUGUCAUUCACAUUACUCUCAGAAACCAGGCCAACAUGCUGCAGAAGACCAAGAGGAGGAUCUCCCUUCCACAGCUUAAUGAUCAGCAGCACGUCUCUGAACAGCUGCAUAUCCAGGUCAAUCGAAUCAGCAUGUGUGACUAUGAAGCUUUGCACUAUGACAAAGAACAGCUCAAAGAGGCCUCUAUUCCUCUGGGCACUAUUACAGUCAGUGGAGAAAGCAAUUUGGAGAUUUGUCGGCUGCAGAUUGAAAAGCUGCAUCAGGAGAAACAUGGUGUGAAUUCUGACACAGCACUCAUACCAAAGCUUUCACCAAAAUGGUGUUUCCUAGACUGUACAACUGCAGAUCGUUUAUACAGAAUUGACCGUGCUCAGGAGCAUUUGAACUAUGUAACUGAGAUCUCACAGAAUGAGCUUUUUAUCUUGGACCCGGAGAUGAUCACUAAGGAGACAGUGGGCACAUCUCCAAGAAUGCCAGGAAUGGUGGACGCAGUGGGGGAGGACUUUAACGGUUAUAACACCAAUGCUGAGGGACUGACUGAUGCUGAAGCAUCCACAAAGUCAGAUGAAACUCUUCUGAAUGAAACUGAUAAAGACACUAUGACGGUGUUGAUUGAAAGCAUUAAGUCUGAUCAUCUUAAAAAGCUGAUAGAGCUACACAAAGAAGGACAAAGUCUUGAAGUGUAUGAUGCAUUGGGCUGUACUCCACUUCACUAUGCUGUAGAUAAUGGCAACAAGGACAUGGUCAGAUAUAUUAUAGAUAAUGCUUCUCCGAGUAUCCUGGAUGCUGCCGAAAAGGAGACAGGUAGGACGGCAUUGCACAAGGCUGCAGCUUCCUGCCAGAGGACGAUCUGUGGUUUCUUGGUGGAUGCAGGAGCCUCCCUUACAAAGACUGACUUACAGGGUGACACUGCAAAGGCACAUGCUGAAAAAGCUCAGGACUGGAAGCUGGCUGAGUACCUGGAGAACCAGCAGCACCACCAGAUGAUCCAGAGGGACGACCAUGAGACAGUGGUGUGACCAACUGGCCCGCUGUUAUGACAUGGCUGAAUGAUGCAGUGAAAACAGCAUGUUGGUGUGAA